UUGAUUGCUGAACCUUUGACUUCUGAAGCUUAUGCUGCUUAUGGUGAUGUAAUUGAAACGAAGGAUUCUGUGAAAAUUACUGGAGCCAAUCAAGGUACUGCAGAAAAAUAUCAUCAUGUGGCACAAAUCAACAACUUUUUCCCUGAAGGUCGUGGCAAAGUCAACAUGUGUAUCUUCCAUUGUCAUCCCACCACUGAACUACCAUUUACUGUCAAGUUAUUGGAACGUCAUCCAUACUCCACUCAAUUUUUUAUUCCUAUGACAAAAGGUCAAACUCGUGGUUAUUUAGUUGCUGUCGCUUUGAAUGGUGCUGAUGAUAAACCUGAUAUGUCCACUCUCAAGGCCUUUAUUGCUUCUUCGACUCAAGGCGUUAACUAUCGUCAAGGUGUAUGGCAUCAUCCUAUGAUUGCUUUGGAUGAUGUGACUGAUUUUGCUUGCUUUGUUCAUGAAUCUGGUGUUCCUCAAGAUGAUUGUAAUGAAGUGGAUGUUGAACCUCAUGUUGUCCAUGUCCCUGGUUUCCAUAAUUAA